UCACUUUCCACCGAGCGCUUCAAAAUGGCGGCAGCUUCUUCCAUCCAGCCGCCGACAGUGCUUGCAAUAAACCAGGGAAAUUCACCUUCCCCAGACUCUGACAGCCCCGAAAGCCGCCAGGAGGAAGACGCGACGUCCGAGGGGACCAUCCUCCGAGAUCUGCCCGAUUUGGAUCCCGAGGAAAUCGAGAGAAGGCUGGAGAAAACUCGCAGGGAGCUGAGCAACAGGAGGAAAAUCCUCAUUAAGAACCUGCCACAGGACGCAAGCAACCAGGAGGUACAUGAUAUUCUGCGCGAGUACGAGCUCAAGUACUGUUUUGUGGACAGGAAUAAAGGAACAGCCUUUGUAACUCUCCUAAACGGUGACCAAGCGCAGGAUGCCAUCCGCUCGCUGCACCAAACGUCCGUGCGUGGCCGCGACAUCAGCGUCCAUCUGCAGCCCACCGACUCGCUGCUGUGCAUCACCAACCUGCCUUACACCUUCACGGCCGCACAGUUCCAGGAGCUGGUGCGCUCCUACGGGAACAUCGAGCGCUGCUUCCUGGUCUACAGCGAGCUGACGGGCCACUCCAAGGGCUACGGCUUCGUGGAGUACAUGAAGAAGGACUCGGCGUCGCGGGCUCGCUCCGACCUGCUGGGCCGGCCGCGGGGCGACCGCGCGCUCAUGGUGCAGUGGACGGAUGUGAACCAGCUCACGCUCGCUGAGCACCUGCACUCCAGGUGCCUGUGCGUGGACCGGCUGCCCGCAGACUUCAAUGACUCGGAAGAGCUGGCGCGCAUCUUCUCGGAACGCUACAAGCCCGUCUUCUGCCAGCUGGCGCAGGAUGAGGGUGGGCCCGUGCGGGGCUUUGCUGUCGUGGAAUAUGAGACGGCGGAGCAGGCGGAGGCCAUGCUGUUGGAGAUGGACCACCACGUUAUCCAGGGACAUGAGAUCCGCCUGUCACUGUGCAGCCCCGGAACCACUGGACGCAGCACCCUCGCCGCGCUCAUCGCUGCCCAGGGAGUGAUGCUGAGCAAUAAAAAGGGUUUGCUGCCUGAGCCUAAUCUGGCUCAGCUCCUCAACAGUAUGACCAAUCCAGCUGCACUUCAGAUCCUCAUGAGACCGUACCACGCUGGCAAACGAGGGAAGUUUCGUCCUCACGCUGUUCCCUUCCUGCGACCGCCUCUGACAGCGGCACUGCUGCAGCUAGGAAAAGCACAGCAGAACGCCAUGCUGGGUAACGGGCUGCUCCUGCAGAACCUGCUCCACGUGCAGAUGGCCCAGCAGCAACUACUGCACAUCAAGGACAAGCACAUUAGUAACGUUCCCAGUCUUUUAGGUGACCCCUCCCGGUUACUUCUUCACAAAGUUCUGGGUUUGCGUGCUCCAGCUCUAGUGCCCAUGGGGAAGGGGCUGCUUGGAGAUUCACCCACGGAGUUCCCGGAUCCUUCUAUAGUCACUUCCCAGGCCGCAGGCUCCAUCGUGACCUCUUACACCCCAGGCCGUGCUCAGAUGAGCUCCAGUACUGAUCACGAUGGCAGUCCAGCCGCCCCCACAGGCCCAGAGAAGCAGCCUGCACCUCCAGGAACCACAGGGGGCUCUGCUAGCUCUCAAGCCCAGCUGCAGAGCUUUCUUCCUAGGUUACCCAGAGCUGGCCUGGGCCUCUUGCUGGGCAACACAGGUCACAAAGCUUCUAUUAACUCCCACAGUGCUACAACAGAGACUAACACUGCUGUUACGUCCCAGGCCAGCUGCCAGACGUCUCUGCUAGGAGAGCCUCCCAAAGAGGUAAAACUGCCCUCGAACCCCUACCUGAACCUGGCUAGCGUUCUCCCCGGAGUGGUCCUACAAGCUUCCAGCAGCAGUAAGGUCCAGGCUGGCCAGGUAGGACAGGCUGUCACUGGCAGCUACAACACUGGCCUUCCUCCCUCUUCCCUGCCAAGCAGCCAAUACAGUUCAGAGAGCACACCCUCCGACUACAGCCAGCAUUACAGUCAGCAGUACUCACAGGAGGCCAUGCAGCAGUGGUACCAACAUUACCAAAGCCAGAGCUACAGCAACACAAACCAGGAGAGCACAGCAGCCAGUGAGUUCAGCAAGGACCAGCCUCAGGCUGUGGUCACAUCCUCAUAUGGGGACUACACGUCCUAUAUGCAGGCUGUCAGUCAGUACUAUUCUCAGACUCAGAUGAGCCAGGCUGCUGCCCAAACCUACCAGCAGCGAGACCUCAGCAAGGAACUGGAUGGGGGCAAGCCAGCCUUGGUGGCUCCACUGCAUGCGUCUGUGAACGGCACCUCCCAGCCCAUACUGCCUACCUACAGUGCCGUGCCAAUCAUGCCCGGCUUCCUCGCCCCGAACCAUACCCCCACACACCCCUCCAACCCCGUCACACACGCGCCCAGCGCACACGCCGUGACGGACUGGAACCAGUAUUACUAUAGUCAGGCUCGAGGACAGAAGCGAGAAUACCCCACCCUGCCUGUACAGGAGGUGACUUCAGAGGGGCCAUACGUUGGCCAGCAUUCUCAGGGCCUCGGUGGCCAGUAUGCUGACUACUUCAAAAAGAAGAGGAUUUAGAGCUCACGCUCACACACACACACACACACACACACACACACACACACACACACACACACACACACUCUAACACUUAUACAUAAUAGAACCGCGCCAUUUUCUACUACGUUAUGUGCAAGCUUUAAACCCUUCACCCCUACAUGAGACUGCUCGUAUUUGUGUGUUAAGGGUUUCCUGCAGCCUCAGGACCUGUGUGUAGUCGGGCUUCUGUCUCUUCUUGGCUAGAACGCCAUGCCACAUCUCUGAGCGGCUCGCUCUCCUCUGUAACGGAAAGGAGCUGGGCUUUGCAGGAGGUGACGUCUCCGUCUUCUCUCCUGCCGUUUCUGCCGGUCGCCUUGGUGUUCCUCACUCUCUCCCCGGCAGGGCUUCCACCGCAGGGGAGCGCGCCAGCGUGAGCGCGCCAGCGUGUGAUACGUCAUUAUGUGGUUAAGGGCUGAAAAAGGCAGCGCUACACUCAGAGAAUCAUUCAACUUUUAAAACCGAUCUCGCUUUAAAGGGUUGGACAUAACUGGCACAUUUGGUGUAUCGUAGAAUCAUCUGGAACCGUGUACACAAAUUAUGUAAAUAAAUCUGCCUCACUAAUUUUCAUGACACACGCAGAUGCACAUCGAAGGCCCUGCUAAUGUGUCCUCAACUAAUGGAACAUGUGUGUGGACAGUGUGUGUGUGUGUGUGUGUGUGUGUGUGUGUGUGUGUGUGUGUGUGUGUGUGUGUAGCUCUGUACGUAGUGCUAUAAGUCUAGGAAAGAUGAGCCAUCCUAGAGCAGCAGUGUCCUGGGCAGCGCAUGCUCACAGUUAGUGCGUUAACUAACGCACACAGCCAUUGAGACAGGCCAUUGGGAAGGCUAAAGGCAAUAACUCAGCGAGGGGUGUCUCCCCUCAGCUCACAGACAUGCUCCUUUUCCAGGGUGUGUGUGCCAUAUGUGUUACACGGCUCCCUGAACACUCUAAAUCCAGGGUAGACAUCCUUUCCCCCAUCCCAGUCAAAUAAGCUGGAAAAAUGUUUCUCUCAGACUUCAGUGCAAGUGGCCUGCAAUUACCUUCUACAGCAAUAGUGAUUAGAAUAGAAUUGAAUUGCUCACAGCACCAGUUGUGGUAUCAGUGCAAUGCUGCUGGAUCACAGGAAGGCCGGUGUGGUCCAGCAGACUAACUCUACACUCUGGAUCCAGGAUGCUGGUGAGACGCGCCCCUUCCGAACCCCCUGAAAGUAAUAAUCCGCACACAGUGCCACCACAUAGGCAGUGGUGUUUUGUUAUUGUACUUACUUUCUCUCUAUAAUCCCUAUUGGUCUACGUCAGACAGUACUUGUGUGGCAUUACUGUAUCAUAUGCCUGUAUUAACACAGUGAAUGGGACUACAUACUUAUAUUUACCUUCACUUCCUCAGUGGAAGCAUUCGAAUCAAUGUUUUUUGGGUUUUUUUUUGUAAAUGACAAUAUUUAACCGCGUGUUGGAACAGCUCAAAGCCGUAGCGCUUUCGUCUGCGUGUAGUUUACUGGCUGGAUGUGGUCCUCCCAUAGCCAGAUUGUCCUUCUAAAGGCGAUGCUCAGAGGCAGGAGUCAAUCUUUGUUGUUGUAUAGCAUGUACAGGCUUCUCCUGCUUUAUCCAGCCAUUUAUAAUAAGGCUGCGUGUCUUACUUUCUACUCAAUGACUAUAUCAGAUUAGCUCAGCUUCUUUGGCCACUGCAAAAGCCAUUCUCUUUGAUGUGUGUGUGUGUGUGUGUGAAGUGCAGUUCAGACCACUGCACCAUGUACAUUCUAAAAGCCAGACAGAUGGAUUAUCGUAGUGCUAGAACCCAUCAGGAUCUCAUUAUUCUGUCAGGGAACUCCGAAGGUGUCAUCGUAGCUAGCCUGGGAAGCUGGGCAGGGUUCUCCACAAGAGUCUACAUGCAUACACUGACCUAAGAUCAGUAACGGGACGGUAGGGGGUCGGAUCCCGAACGAGUGCCCUGGGCCCCCGGGGGCCGUGUCCGGAGCCCAGGCUGAUGGACUGGAAGAGGACAGAAAGCUACCGGCUCUUCUCCUUCUACUUCCCUUUGGUCCAGCUCAGCCCCGCGGCCUCCGUCUCUCCAGUGAUCUCGGGCGGGUCGGUGUCCAGCCUGAGCACUGCUGAAUCCCUCUUCAGUGGGGAUUACUGAAGCACACUUUACCUCUGUUCAGCCUCGGCCCAAUACUUACCUGUCGCUGUGCUGUUGUCUUAACGUGGCGUCCACAAAAUGGCCCUGGUAAUAGGGCACUAUUAGCACAAAAGAGUGAGUGUUUUUUUUUUAAAACCCCUCCUAUCUUAAUAAUUAUAGGGGAGUGUUUCUUGAUUGAUUAGUCGGUGAGGAUAUUUCUGCUGUGCCUGUUUUUUUGUCGCCAUCACAACCACCUUCAUGUUGAUUGUAAACAUUGUUAUUUUUGGAACAAAGUCAAAGAAGUGAUAUUUUAUUGUACUCAAUAAAGAAGGUACACACGCUUCGUUCGGAAGAGUGUUUAAAAGAGAAUGAGCAGCACAGAUUUUAACCCGCAACGUUUUAAUCGUUAACGUGUCUGUAAACGUGCUGGCUCGUCUCUCAAAGCUUUGCAAUACUGAAAUCUUUGUUUAUUAGAAGCAACAGCCUCGUAAAGUGGCGGGGGAACAACUCUCCACCUUGUCUCUCCUUUUUUUUUCUUCUUCUUGCUCUGUAGACAUUCUGCAACUUGUUUUUAAUUUUAAAGUUUGUACAUUUUUUUCUCACCUGAAAUUCAGAUUUUGCAAUAUUUUAUAUCCAAACUAUAUUGAUAUUGCUUUCUGUGAAUAAGCUAUUUUUAGGUACGGUGGAAUACAAGCAUGCCUUUGCUCCUCUGUAGUAGAGCAAAAUCAUCUUUUCUUCUUUAGUAGGUCUGUUUCAGAGCUCCAGGCUUUUUGAGUUUUUAACUGUAGUAAAGGAAAGAAGUAACUGUAUUUAUUUGUCUAUUUAUGAACAUUUUUGCUUAUUGGAUACAAUUUCUGUGUUAUUCUUCAGAGGAAAAAAAAAUAGUUUGGCUUUUCAUUUAGAGCUGAAGGAAUUGUUUUACAUUCCGCAAUAAAGCAAAGGAGCAGUGCUGCUUGUGGCUGUGUUUCACUGUUGUCCCCAGGGUCCUAGAGACCCUUCCCCACUCGCUCCCACCAAGCGCCAAACCCCCUCGGCACUCUGAGCUGUGAGUGCUGGAAAUGACAACCAUGUAGGGCUGGAGUCCAAACCUAGUCAACUACCCAAAUGGACCCAUUGGUGUGUGGUUUGGAGAAGGAACUGGAAUCAAAGGCAGAAUUUCCGUACAUCCAGCUAGGAACUGACAUUAUUCACUUAUAAUAAUGCAUUAGUAGUUGGGACAAUAAAAGCAAAGUGUCAUAUUGGACUGUAUAUAAUCGAUGUAGAUCAAAAUGAUAAAAUAAAUCACGACGCAGCUGUUAGUAGAUUCGCAAGGGUAUUUCAGUUUAUGUAAGAUUUGAGCAAGAAUACAAGAUAUAUUUGUAGAUAUUAGAAUUGUAGAUAUAUUUCGCAAUCUCUACUGUCCUCUAGUGCCUACUGUAGGCAUGUAACGUCUCUCACAGUACAUGGAGGCGGGUAUGUUUCAGUCCAUCGUGGCCGUUGGGAAUGGUGCCCCAGGAAUAACGUGAAGUGACAGAGCAAUGGUAGGAGCACCCACCACCCCAUACGCAUCCAGGAUGGCCGUCAUUUUCCACACUGUUCCACUGUGAUGGAGGAGGAGGCCCUGGCCAAGCGCAGGCAGUUGGUGCUCACGCGUGCACCGCUCCUCCCCAUGCCCUGACCCAGUGGUGGCACCACGCAGAUGCUGUCCACUCGUAUACACGCAAAUGGCCAGAGCCGUAAAACGUCGUGGCUUCGCGGGCGAGUCGCUCUCUCCCCUGGAGCGACUGGCCCAGGCUGCAACUCACAGCGGGACAUUCUCGCACUGUCAGGUCCGUGGCAGUCUUGCUUCCAGCUAACGAUGUGCUCUAGUGCAUCGCAGCUGAAACAAAUGGCCAAUUACCCAAACUUACAUUGGUGGACCUGCUCACUCGCAAGGGAAGGUUCCUACCCUGCUUAAAGACACCUGAUUUGACUCAGCGGUUAAUGACCAAGUCAGGUGUGUUGAAGCAGGAAAAUCCGCACCAUUACUGGAGGCGGGCACCCGCGGGACGGCGUCGUCCUAAGUAUCCAUUGCCCCUGCGGUGCUAAAACGUGUCUGUAAAAAGUACAUUAAAAAGUUCUGAUGGCGUUUAGCACAUUGCAAGCAGUCGAUACAUUUUUUUUUGUGAUUUUGCACAGCAAGUAUUUUCAGGUUUAUCAGGAAAAACAGAUUUAUAAAUGAAUGGCAGAUAUCUGCAUAACUCGAGGCGGACUGGGCUCUCUGCUGCCUCCCACAGGUCUGUUGAUGAUUAACUGCUGGGAACUGCGACUGGAGGCUCACUAUGUGGAGGUUAUACGAAAUACAAUGUGUGAAUACAAGGACACAAGAAACCAGUGUGGGACCGUUUCUGCUGAAACCAGCCGUGGAAAAAGGUUCUCGUUACAUU